AUGGAGAAAAACCCGCUCGGAGCUUCCCGUGUGACUCGCCACAUCCGUGCCGACCCUCUAAAGGCGAAGGAUGGAACUUCCUACCUGAUAGCCUCGACGGCGUACUCGUUACCCAAUACUCCAGACCCAGACUUGCCUCUUGAAGGCAGCAAGAUCAGACGCAACGAGCCGCUAGUCCUCACGUUCAACAUUGGCUGGAUCGACGGCGCCGUCCUUCCCGGAAUGGUAGGCGGACCAAUACUCGGCGUCAAAAACCACAACAUUGCUCCUAUAUCUCGUGCUACAAUAAGGUAG